AUGGCGACCAUUUCACAGCGGCAAAAGACCGCUAUUGAAGUCAUUCAAUUGCCUUCGCUUAUAUGUUCUGAUGAAUACGGCGCAUUAUCAUUACAUGAGUCUAUUGUAGACAGUAUAAUGCAACGUUUUAGGCACGUUAAGCUGCUUCGGAGUUCUAACAACUUUAAACAUCAAGAAGUUGAGACUUAG